GUGGCUUCACACAGCUCCUGCGCUGCGACUGGUAAUUUACCUGGCAAAAACGCUUCUGGUUCCCAUCCUUCUGUAAAGGCUGCUGCUUCUCCGCGGUCUGAAACGGUCUCAGCUUUCAGCAGCGUGAGUUUCUGGGGUGCUGUGAGGGAGAGCGGAUCCCGCAGGCACUCCGCUGCGGGUGGCAGCGGGGCUGUACCUGGCUCCCUGAUACGAGUCAGCAUUAGCCUCAGCCCCUUGGCUCUGACGCUGCUGGAGGAGAUGCUGAUAGAUUUGGGGUGCGUCUCUAACCACACUGUUAGGAUGGUCAGGGUGGAGUUACUGCUGGAAGUAUGACCUGUCUCAUCCUGCCAGGCGCUGGGCCCCCUCCUCGCCUGCUCUCCCUGCAUCAUUCCCGUGUACCCUAAUGCCAGGAUCACACCCUCUUCCCUUGCAGAGAUGGGUGACAUGGAGUCCUACAAGGUGAUGCUGAAUGGGCCAGCACCCUGGGGCUUCAGGCUGCAAGGAGGGAAGGAUUUCAGCAUGCCACUCUCCAUCUCCAGGCUGACGCCAGGUGGGAAAGCGGCCCAGGCCGGCGUGGGAGUGGGUGACUGGGUGCUGUACAUCGACGGGGAGAGCACCAGCUCCAUGACGCACAUUGAGGCCCAGAACAGGAUCCGUGCCUGUGGGGACAGGCUCUGCCUCACCUUGAGCAGAGCCCAGAACCACCUGGGGAAGCCGCAGAAGGACUCACUCCCCUGCUCUGAACCCCUGAAAUAUAACUUCGCUCCCAGCACCGCCCUCAACAAAACAGCCCGGCCCUUUGGGGCUGGCUCGCCUCCGAACCCACGGCCCGGGCUGGUGACGAAACCCGUGACGUACACGCCCCUGGCGCCCGCCUGCACCCCCCAACACAAUGGCCAGGUCUCCGUGCUGGACCCGUCCCCAGGAGCAGCGAUGAAGACCGAACCAGGACUGGCCCCCAGGACCCCUGCUGCCACCCCUGGCCCUGCUAGCCGCCCGCCAUGGGCCGUGGACCCCUCAUUUGCUGAGCGCUACGCCCCAGACAAGACAAGCACGGUGGUGAGCAAGCACAGCCAGCCAGCCACGCCAACCCCCAUGCAGAACCGCAGCUCCAUCGUGCAGGCGGCGCAGCAGGCCCCCGAAGGGCCUGGCCGCACGCCCCUCUGCUACAAGUGCAACAAGGUCAUCAGGGGACGCUACCUGGUGGCACUGGGACAUUAUUACCACCCCGAGGAGUUCACCUGCUGCCAGUGCAGGAAGGUGCUGGAUGAGGGUGGCUUCUUCGAGGAGAAAGGCUCCAUCUUCUGCCCCAAGUGCUAUGACUCUCGCUACGCGCCCAGCUGCGCCAAGUGCAAGAAGAAGAUCACUGGGGAGGUCAUGCAUGCGCUGAAGAUGACCUGGCACGUCCAAUGCUUCACCUGUGCUGCCUGCAAAACUCCCAUCCGCAACCGUGCCUUCUACAUGGAGGAGGGACAGCCCUACUGCGAGAGAGACUAUGAGAAGAUGUUUGGCACCAAGUGCCGUGGCUGUGACUUCAAGAUCGAUGCUGGGGACCGGUUCCUGGAGGCACUGGGGUUCAGCUGGCACGACACUUGCUUCGUCUGUGCGAUCUGCCAGACCAACCUGGAAGGGAAGACAUUCUACUCCAAGAAGGACAAGCCACUCUGCAAGAGCCACGCUUUCUCCCACGUGUGAAGGGCGGGAUUUCAGCUGUGCCCACGCAUGCCCCUGGCCCUGCAUGCUCCUCUCCCCCCUGCUCCUGCCCCCAGGAAGCCAGGCUGGCCCACACCCCUUCCCCUUGCUCCUACCUCUUUCCUCGCAGCUCCUGGCCCAGCUCCAGCUGGAGGUGGCGCUGGGCCUGGAGCCCCUUAUAGCUGGCUGGCUUUUUCUGUGCCCCCUGGCUGGCCCUAAGAGCCCCGGGAAGGGGACACUGCAUGGGUCUCCUGCCCCCAAGCCAUGCAGCGUGGUGGCCGCAGCCGUGCUGAGGCUGGGGUUGGGGGGGGGCCGGCACCGCAGGGCUGCU